AUGCAUACCCAUGAUAAAUCAUUAUUAAGAAUUCCAAAACUUCACUCUUUAAACCUUCAGAUAUUUUAUUUUUCCAUUUUGAAGAAAGUGACAUUUUCUUACCUUUUUAGGAAAAAUUUACUAAAUUGUCAAAGAGCACUUCAAAUAUUGUGCGACACUAAGAAAAUAACAAAUUCAUUUUAUUUCGUUGAAAUAGAAAUGAAAACAUGA